AGCUAGUUUUAGACAACUGGCUAGCCGUAGUCAGGGCAAUAACAGCGGGUUGCUGACUAGCUUCUGUAUUUACCUCACACAUUUGGUAGGCUCUCAUCCAGAGUUUUAGCUAUAAGUGGAGGGAAUUAAGCAGAAGUGACAGAGAUGGAAGGAGAUGACAGCAACUUUCCUCCUGAUCCAUCGAAUGAUCACUCGCAAAGAGGAAGUGUUGCUUCUUCUGCAACGCUUUCCCGUGCUCAAGAUGUGCUUAUAUACCUGUUUGGUGACAGCGCAGUACACUUAACGGUAGAAGGGCUUGGAAGUGUCAGCGUACAGGAGUUGGGUCGCAGCGUUCGUGAGGCUCUCCAUGUUCCUGAGUCUGCACAGGAUGCUUUUGCCUUCUGGCUUUGUUCUCCACUGCUCGAUUUGCAACUAAAAGCGAGACAUCAGCCGUACAAACUGUGUCGGCAGUGGCAGGACUUACUGUAUCGGUUCACUCUGGCCUCGGAGGAAGAUAUUUCACAAGAUGAACCAUUUCUCCAGUACCGCAGAAACGUGUUUUAUCCUAAAUCUAAAGAGCUUCAGAUAGAUGAUGAUGGCGUCCUGAGACUUCUGUACGAGGAGGCCAGGAGCAACAUCCUCACAGGUCGAUACCCCUGUGAUCCCGAGCACUGGACGGGUCUUGGAGCCUUGUCACUCGCUCUCGAAGAGGGAACCGGCCUCGACGACGCACAUUUUACUACUACUGUGAGAGAGAAGAAGCUGUCCUCUUUUGUGCCGGCGCAUGUUGCCAUGGGGAGUGGAGGUUUGUUCUCCACUUUGAGAGGGAAGUCGAGCCGUCAGACGGGGAUGGAGCAGAACCUCUUGGAGGCAUACAGAAAGAUCAGCACGUCUGCUGGAAACGCUCCUGAGCCCACACAGCUCCUACACCAGUACCUCAACACAUGUCACAAUCUGCCUUAUUACGGGUGCGCUUUCUUCAUUGGGGAGAUUGACAAACCAGCGCAAGGGAUUCUCCAACGGGGAAAACGCAAAUCUGUCAACGUUGGGAUCUGCCUCGAGGGAGUUUAUGUUAUGGAUGUCAAAGAGAAGCAUGUGCUUCUCGGGCUGCAUUUCAAUCAGCUUUCCUGGGACCACAGCUACCCGGAGGAGGAGGGCGACUCGCACAUUCUGUGGCUGGAGUUUGAUGGAGAGGAAGAUGGCACACCUGUCAACAAGCUGUUGAAGAUCUACUCCAAACAGGCUGAGCUAAUGAGUGGCUUAAUUGAGUUCUGCGUUGAGCUGAAGUCUGGGUCAGAGGGCGGAGCUGCAGCUGAAAUGGACGGCGAGGCGAGUUCCCAACAGCCCGCCGGGCAGGAUGACAGCAGCAAGAACGGACGAGGAGGACGGCGGGGGAUGCUGCGCAGACAGAGCAGUGUUCUGUGCAGUCGAGUCCAUUCUCUGAACACCAUUAGCUACGUGGAUAAUGGAAAAGAAAUCAAACGCUUGAAGCCAAAAAGAGCUGCAUCCUUUUUCAGCCGGCAGCCGUCUACAGCUGCGUACUCUGCUGUGCAGGUGACAGAUAGUCUGGAGCAGGGUUAGACUGCCUGAUCAGCACACGCCUCUCAAAGACCAAAAACUGAACAAUCGAUUCUGAGAUUGAUACGUAAAGACUUUAUACAAGCUUGAGACGUUUAACUGAACAUGAACAUGUAAAGGACCAAGUGAGGGAUCUUAGUGUUGAGUUACAAUAUUUACUUCUGAAUUUGUGUAUAUUUAGAGAGUACAGUAAUGUGAAAGACAUCAUCUACUAACAGUAAUGCUUCUAAGGUUGAGGUUGAAGUGAGCUAUUUAUUAGAUGGCAGUACAUAUCACACUCUGUGAGCAGUAUGUGAUGAACCUUUAACACGAGUCUGAGACAAGCCUGAGAGAAAUCGUUAUGACCUUUCUGCAGUGCGCUGAGGCUGCACUUUACUGCUAUUAUUCAAAGAUGUAAGACCUCAUGUGGGUAGAACCACUGCAUUACCUCUUUUUGACAUCUGAACAUCAACAUCACCUUACAAUACAUCCCCUUUCAUUCUAACUUAAAACAUUAAGGAAGUCCUCCUUAGAUGUGUCUGAGUUACCACAGACUGUUCACAGUCACCAUGACAGACAUUUUGAGGGGACGAUCUAAGGGGCGUGCUCGACUAUUCUUCUCUUUCAAACUGCCAGUGCCUUGUUUUCAUGAAACAUUUUAGAGAAAGUACUGGUAGAAACGUUGAGUGGUGGCUGUUACUGAUCAUAAAGUCCUUAUGGGAGCACAUUUUUUGUGUUGCGGAAGAAGUAUGAUAUGAUUCAUGUUUUCAGUUCCUUACUGUAGGAAGGCCAUCCAGGUGCAUAUUUCAUUUUCCUAUUUUCAAGAACAGAAAGGAAUUGAUGCAGUUUAAACAUGUUUUUUUUUUAAAAAGAAGAUUUUACAGCCUCCUGUUGUGGAGGUACAACUUCAAAGUAUCCUUAGUGGGCCGAAUGAAGGGAUAUGCCAAAUAAAAAUAACACAAGAGGGAAGUUAGUAAUAAUAAUGUAAGGUAUGGGCCGGUUAGAAUGUGAUAUUCAAAGUUGAUCUUUGAAAUCUGCAACAUCAACUCAUUUGAAAGCAAUGCACAGGUUCAACCUAAAUAUUACUGAUGCAGUACUGUGCUUUGGACCUUUAACAUGACAUAGAACAGUCAUUACUAAAUCUGUCAUCAUCAAACUUAAACCUACAUAGCUUAGCAAUCAUGGUUGAUAUAAGUUGAAUGAAAAGGGUCUUUACAUUCAAAUGAUGUGGUUGCCUUGUACAGCUUUGUGUUUCUCCCUAAAGAAAUACUAAAUGCCACAGUUGAUCUGAAAAAAAAAAAACAUUUCUUGGACAAUGUUUUUACUUACAGGCGACUAUGUGCUCUAUGCAUACUGCAAAGAUCAUCUGAAGAAAAUUAUUCAAAUCUACUGUUUCAAUAAAGCCUAUAAGGCUUUAAAGCAAGCCUAUAUAACAAUGCUGCAACACAGUGUGCUACCUAAAUGGUUCAGAGACAGAUUUCAGUUUCUCUGAACUCCACCUUAAUGCGAACACCGGGCAGUUUUUGAUCUUGACAUUCAACAGGAUCAGCUCAAUAAAAGCCAUGACAGAAGGAGUAUAUCUUUAUAAAACUGCCUUCCACUUGAACAUAAUCUGUCCAUGAGAUUGAGCUCUGUCAUGUAUUCCUCAUGAUUCCCCUGAGCAUGCUAACAGAAUGUUUUGUACCUUUCUACACUUAAUAUUAUCAGCUACUGUCUGUAACUGAACUGACUCAGUCCAGUAUACUGUUGCUAACUAACACUAUGCAUGCCACAUUGUAGAAUAGGCAUUCCAACAGAGUACCCAUCAUGUAAUGCUGCACUAUUGAUACUAAUACACUGUUGAACAUCUGCAGAUGUUUUUGUAUAUUGUGUUGGCCUUUAUGAGAAUGCUUUUAUUUUCAUUUUUAUAUUCUUUGUACACAAGAAUGAAGUGAAGAAAUAGGUCAUAUCAAGCAUCUUCUUCUCAAGCGGUCACUUUGCAGAAGCAUUAAGUGCCUUUUUGUUUGUACUGAAUUGGCAUCUGAAUGACUGUUGUUGCCCGGAAACAAGAAAUACACAUGCUUGGUGUUAUUGCUAUGGUAAAUUUUUUUGUAUUUUAUCCCCCAUGUUUUUUAACCAGACGUGUUUCACCUUUCCUAGCAGCUACGAGUUUGUUGAUAUUCUGGUUAAUGGCACAAUGUUGCUGUUGAACAGUGUGUUGUGAUUCCUCUCAGUAAAGUGGUCAGUUAUGCCUUCAGUCACAUAUGUCUAAUGUGCUUUUAUUAAACAAGUAUAAGAAAA